AUGCUUUUAUUCCCUUCAUUUUCAUUUAUUGUCCUUUCUUCUUCACAUACCUUGGUUUCCGAUGCCCAUUCCUUUCCCCUUCGCCACAGAGACCAGACCUUGACCGCUUGGAAUGGUCAGCAAGCCAUCACCGCCGUCGAUGCGUACGCAGAUACCCACUUCACUCCUUAUUAUGUUCCUUCGGGAUCUGUCUCGAUCGACGACGCGGACCCGCUUGUCCAGUAUAGCCCAGACGGUGUCUGGGGCAAGGCUAGACACCAAGAUCUUGUCGACAAGACUAUGCAUAUGGCAUCUCAAGCAGGAGCAAGAGUCGAUUUUACUUUUGCUGGAAUAGGGAUUGAAUGGUUCGGAUCGCUCACUGCCAAACAUGGAAUCGUAGGUGUAUAUAUAAACGAUACCCUGCAGUCCAAGGUGGAUGCCUAUCACCCAACAUGGCUCAAGCGUCAGCGACUGUUCGGUCUUGAUCACCUUCCCCUCGGAACACAUCGGUUCUCCAUAGUCAACACGGGAAAGAAGCGACGUGCCUCAGGAGGAACCUUUUUCGAUGUCGAUGCCUUUGUGGUCAACCCUGGUACUUCGACCACCGCAGUCAGAAAACUUGGGUUGCUCUCUGCCUUGCUCGCACCACACCGACAGCAAGAACAAGAAAUGGCCCAGGCCCCCAACUACAAUGCGACCGCUCAAGUCGCCACAAGGUGGUCACUGUCGACUGAAGGUGAGACGGGUGUACACGCUAUGCAACUGUCUAUCAUUUCCGCCACGCAGGCUAUUGUUAUUGACAAGGUCGAACACAAUCCUCUCACUAUCCGUGGUCACCCCGCAUGGGGUGCUCUGUACGAUCUGCGCACGAACAAGGCUCGUCCACUGGACCUCCACUCUAAUUCCUUCUGCGCGGGUGGUUCGUUUCUUUCAAAUGGAUCACUUGUCAACGUUGGUGGGAAUCCAGUGGUCGUUGAUAGUACUGGUGCCGCUGAUUUUGGUGACAUCAAUGGCCUACAGGCUGUCCGACUAUUUCAUCCUGACCUUUGCGACGUGAAUGGGAAAGGGCAAGGAUGUGAUAUAAUCGAAGCCCUCGUACUCUUCGUCUGGCGUCACCAAGAUGGUACAACACUGUCAUGCGACUCGAUGACGGACACGCUCAACUCGAAUCUAUUCCCGAUUGCGUUUCUAUUGACGGACGGCCGUGUCUUUCUCGCAGCAAAUCGGGACGCAAUGAUCUAUGAUUGGAAGACCAACGUGGAGUAUCGCUUACCUCAACUCCCUAACAACGUUCGUGUUACGUAUCCGAUGACUGCCACUGCCGUUUUGUUACCCCUGUCCCCGCAGAACAACUAUCUACCAGCGAUUCUCAUCUGUGGGGGCUCCAAUGUCGAUGAUCAACGUCCUGGCUAUGAAAUCGAUUCCCAAGAGGCCGCCUCUGCCCAAUGUAUUCGAAUGGACCUGUCCGAGGAGGGCAUACGACACGGAUGGGAAGUCGAUCAAAUGCCAGAGCCCCGUGUGAUGCCAGAUGCUGUUUUGUUGCCCACGGGUGCCGUCGUUAUCAUCAACGGAGGCGCUACCGGUAUAGCCGGCUAUGGAAACGUAAAGCAUCAAGUUGGUUUUUCGAAUGCGGAUAACCCCGUUCUCACGCCGGUUCUAUACAAUCCAACCGCUGCAAUCGGCUCUCGUUUCUCUAGCGCGGGUAUGCCAACCUCAGAUAUUCCUCGCCUGUACCAUUCCGUAGCCACCCUUGUUCCGGACGGCCGAGUCCUCAUUACUGGAUCAAACCCAAACUUGGAUAGAACCACGACAAGAUAUCCUACCGAGUACCGAGUGGAAUGGUUGUCGCCUAUGUGGAUGCGGGAUUCAGCGUCUCGACCCACCGCAAGUGCAUCCAUUACUACUCUGCCAUUUGGAUCAGAGUUCGCUCUCACUAUUGAUCUCAAGGGUGGAGAUGCGAAGAGGAUCAAAGUGGCGUUGAUGGACCUUGGCUUUAUCACGCACUCACUUCACAUGAAUAGUCGUCUCGUCUAUCUAGAGUAUACGGAGCAGCAGACUACUAAUACAACUGUUUCGCUGGCGGUCAAAUCCCCUCCUCAUUCAGCGAUUUACCCACCUGGUCCGGGAUGGAUCUAUCUUGUUGUCGGAGACAAAUGGAGCGAAGCCAUUCGCGUCCUUGUUGGAGACGGAUCUAGCCCGCCUAGUGACCCAGAUGCACUCGAGAAUAUGCUCAACCAUUCGACGAUAUCCAAAGGUUCUCCUGCAGUGACUCAAUCGGGAGAAGGUGCAGAGUCCAUUUAG